UGAGCAUACUUUUACCUUCACACUUAAUGUUUUUACCUGUUAUUCUUUACAUAUGUUUUUAAUUUUUUUUUGAUAUACGUAUUUUCUCCCCUUUUUUUUAUCCCAUCACUAUAGAGUAUAUAUUGAUGAAGGAUUUAAUGCUUUCAAUUAUCCUCUCUUCCUUUUCAUCACUUCUUUUUUUCAUACAAACAUACACUUUAUAUAGUGAUAUAUAAAGGUAUUAUGUAAAAGGGUACAUGUAUGCAGAUAAGUAGAAGAAGAAAAAGAGAAACUAACAAGAAAGACUUGUGCAUCAAGAAGAUUUUAACUAAGGGGAAAUUUUGGGUGCUGAUUGUGAAUUUAAGGUCAUGCCAUUAUUUUAACUAGCAAUAUGCCGAUCUUUAUUUAAAAUUUAAAAAAAUUAGAAAAAUUUAUUCUUGGGAGAUAUUUGUACUUAAAAAUCAUCUAACUUAAUGUUUUCUAUUUUAAUUUUCACGUUUAGCUAAGGCACGAUAGUUUAAAUCUGCAAAAAAAUAUUAUUUUCUAUUUUAUCUAUUUCAAAUGUCUACAACGGCAGGAGGGGAUGGUAAACCAACUACUCACACAAUUCCACCACCUAAAACAUCUGGAGCAGCAACUGGCGGGCAACAAUUAAGUGCAUCUGCAAAUCAAUUUGUAGAUAAGAUUGACCCUUUUUCUAAGCGUGGAAAUUCGAGACGUAGAAGGAGACUUGUUGGAAGCAGUCGGUAUCAUACUGACAAUGAACCUGAUUUGGUCCAGCUUCCGUUGAUUAAAGAUGCAUCGCAAGCAGAACAAACAAAUUUGGCGAUUCAAAAGCUUCAACAAUGUCAGAAGAUUUUUGAUUUUUAUGAUCCUGUUUCACAGCUAAAGAGCAAAGAGAUUAAACGAGCUGCUCUAAACGAAUUAAUUGACUAUACAACUGCCACUAAAAAUGCUGUUUGUGAGCCGCUCUAUCCGGAAAUUAUUCGGAUGGUUUCGAGAAAUAUCUUUCGUGUUCUGCCACCUAGUGACAAUUCAGAAUUUGAUCCAGAAGAAGAUGAACCCACUUUGGAAGUUUCAUGGCCGCAUCUUCAGCUUGUCUACGAACUAUUUUUGCGAUUUCUCGAGUCUCCUGAUUUUCAAGCAACACUUGGUAAAAAAUAUAUCGACCAGCGUUUUGUGCUUCAACUUCUUGAACUUUUUGAUUCUGAAGAUCCUCGUGAGCGUGACUUUCUCAAAACAAUUCUACAUCGUAUUUAUGGGAAAUUUCUUGGACUUCGUGCUUUUAUUCGAAAACAAAUCAACUAUAUGUUUUUGUCUUUCGUUAUUAUUAAUGGAUUUGCUUUACCGCUAAAGCAGGAACACAAAAUCUUUUUGGUCAAAUUGGCUUAUUGUGUUGUGCAAUUUAUAGAAAAAGAUUCUACUUUAACUCCUCAAGUGUUCGACGCAUUGCUCAAAUUCUGGCCUAAAACAUGUAGUUCUAAAGAGGUUAUGUUUCUUGGAGAGGUUGAAGAAAUUUUGGACAUUAUAGAGCCUGAACAAUUUAAGAAAAUUAUCGACCCGCUUUUUAGACAACUGGCUAAAUGUGUUGCCGAAAGAGCACUUUACUUUUGGAAUAAUGAAUAUAUUCUCUCAUUAAUUGAAGAUUGUAGUAUUCAUGUCAUGCCAAUCAUGUUCCCUGCACUUUAUCGUAUUAGUAAGGAACAUUGGAAUCAAACAAUUGUAGCUCUAGUAUAUAAUGUUCUUAAAACAUUUAUGGAAAUGAAUGGAAAAUUAUUUGAUGAACUUACGGCUAAUUACAAACUUGAAAGACAAAAAGAAAAGAAGCGUGAAAAAGAUCGUGAAGAACUUUGGAAGCGAAUGGAUUCAAUGGACAUAAAUUCAAUAUUGGCACAAAUUGAACAAGGAAAGAAUGUUCCAGAGCCAAAAAUUCUCGAGAAAACGUCUCUGACACUUUUUAUUGAAAAAGCUCCAAAUUCAAUUGUUCCUCCACCGCCUGCCGCUGGGGGGAAUGGUCAAGAGGUCAAAAGUGGACAACAGGUGAGCGGAACGAGAGAGAAUCGAACAUCACAGUCACAAAAUCCAGAAGGAGGGAACGAAACGGUAGUUGCUUCAACAGGCGAAAAUAUGGCUGCAAAUUCACAAACAGCCUCUAGUGGAAAGAAGUCUUGA